UCAGUAUAGUUGUGAAGCUCUUUGUGAGUGAUGUGUGUUUGAAAAUAAACGACAUCUCGAAUAGCAUUAGAUUGCUUCUUUCAAUUAAUGCAAUUUAAUAAACAAUUAUUGUCUUAUCGAAGUGUAGUGUUUUUAGAUAAUGCGAUUCUUCGUGGCAAUUGGCUAGCUACUUCUUUCAGACAUCAAAGUUACAUAAGUCGACUAAAUUAACGAUAUAACGAGUAUUAAACGGUGUAUAGAAACGGUGACGAUCAAAUCAACAUGCUACUACUGUCGAUUUUUCUCGCGAUCCUAACUUGUGACCAAGUUGUUGACGGUUACCGGAUCCUCGGAAUGUUUCCAUUACACGGUAAAAGUCAUUGGAUCAUGCAAGAGGAAUUAAUGAAAGCCUUAGCGAAACGCGGUCAUCAGGUUGACGUGGUUACACAUUUCCCGCUGAAGAAGCCGAUACUUAAUUAUACAAGUAUCAGUUUGGCGGGUAGUAUGCCGCAAGUUGUAAACAAUCUCACCGCAACGGAAGUCAAAUCAUUUAGUGCCACAUCUAUGACAUCAUUAACAUAUAUGUGCGGAACGCAGAUUUGUCAGUUGAUGGAUCACCCAAAGAUACAAGAACUGAUCAAGAACCCGCCGCAGGAUCCUCCUUACGACCUCAUUAUUAUGGAGUUGUUCGUGGCACCGUGCUACCUGGCCUUUGGUCGUCAUCUCAAUGUUCCCAUAGUCGCUACGGUGGCUAGCGUUUUUCACGAUUGGCUCAGCGAGGUGUCUGGCAAUCCACUUAAUCUCGCUUACAUCCCAGGUUUAUUCACGACAUACACCCAACGCAUGAAUUUCACGCAACGAUUGACAAACGUACUUUUAACACACUACAUCUCAGAGCAAAUACACUCUCAGACGAAUUCCCAAUUGGAAUUCGUGAAAAAGCAUUUUGGUAUAGAUGUGCCGCAUAUCAAGGAUUUGUAUCGCGACGUAGCUUUGUAUCUUGUCAAUACUCAUCACUCGUUACACGGAAUUAGGCCAAUGACCACUAAUGUGAUCGAAAUCGGCGGUUUGCACAUCAACAACGACGAGACGUUGCCGCCGGAAGUGCAAAAAUGGUUGGACGAAAGCAAAGAUGGCUGUAUUUACUUUACGCUCGGUUCCAUGGCAAGAUUUGAGACUUUCUCUAAGGAAGUGAUAGAACAAUUUUACGCAUCUUUCAAAAAGAUCGCGCCAGUUCGCGUGUUGAUGAAGGUCGCGAAAAAAGAAGAUUUGUUGCCAGGAUUACCGAAGAAUGUCAUGACGCAAUCUUGGUUUCCUCAAGUUCCCGUUCUAAAACAUAAACACAUACGUGGUUUCAUUACGCACGGCGGCGGCUUAGGAACACAAGAAUCGAUAUAUUGUGGAGUUCCUAUGAUAGGUAUUCCUCUUUUCGGUGAUCAACACAUCAAUAUUCAAAAUUACGUCAACAAGAAGGUGGCUGUCGCCUUUGAAUCAAUAUAUGAUGUUACCGAGGAGAAAUUAACUUCGGCAUUGAAUAAAAUCUUGAAGGAUCCCUCUUAUUACGAGAAUGCACAGAGAUUGUCAAAGCUAUUCAAUGAUCGACCGAUGGACGCCUUGAACACGUCCAUAUUUUGGGUAGAGUACAUCGCAAAGUACGGAAACGUGCUUCAAUCACCGGCCAUUGAUCUCUAUUGGUGGCAACUGAAUCUACUGGACGUUUAUGCCUUUAUCGUGGCCGUGAUUAUUGUAGCACUUUUUAUCGUGCUGUUUGUUCUACGAAAAUUGAAGAAUCUUUUAUUUGGAUCGCCCGCAAGGAAGGACAGCGCAGCGAUUAAAUUCAAGAAGAACAAGUGAAGAAGCAUUGUCACACGAA